AAUUCAAAAUUCAAAAUUGAAAUCGAAUAAGCUUUGAAGCCAAAAUAAAUUUUGGUCAUUUCACCAAGAAAAUGAGAAUCUUCAGAGGGUGGCAUACUAUUAAUGCAGCGUUCUGCAUACAUGUGUACUCGACGAUCAUAAUUAGUAUCACGCAAGCUGAUAAAUUGCAUCAUGAUGUUUGGGAGAGAUAUGAAUCAAAAAGUAUUGAGAAGAAGCAAGCUUUCAAAGAAAGCGAUGACGAACCAUCCUAUAGAACGAGCUUUCAGAAGAUGUUGAUCCCCAUAAAAGAACCACGCGUGGAUAAGAAUUUCCGAAUGUUUCGAAUGCCUUUGGAGCCAGACGCAGAGAUACUGCCGGCUCACUACACAGGUGUCAAGCCUCCCGGAGUUGAUCAUAUGGAACUGAAACACGCAGACUCUCAAAUUUCUCAAACCGUUCCCAAAAUUGAAUCUUUGAAGAAGAUUGAACAGGCCGGUAAUCAACAAGUGUCUAAAAACCAAGAAUCUGCAAGUGUAACUGGUGAAAAAGGAUAUCAGAAGGCCUCUUCGUUUGAGAAAGCAUAUAAAGGUGAGAGUUUGAAGAAAAAAGAGAAGACACGAUAUAUUGAAGCUGGUGGGAAGAAGAAAGUUCAUGAGAAUAGGGAAGACAAUUCAGGUCAAAGGGCAGAACAGAUUGGAAGUAAAAAAGGAGGCAAACAUAAAAAGAAGGACAGCAGUCAGGUGGAUCACAAGGCAGCUGGUUAUCGUAACGUUUAUCACAAAGACGAGUAUAAGAAGAAUCAUGAUUUUUAUGAUAAUGAUGAUCAUGGCGGUCAUUCGAAGGAACAUGGAAGAUAUAAAGAGAAAUACGUUGCUAUCGAAGGCAAAUUCAAGAAGGGUGACGCUCACGAUUUCAGCUUCGACGAAUCAGAACUUCGUAAGCGGAAAAUAUCGGGGAACUCCCAAGCUGGUGGAGAAACCAAAGGUCACAAGGCUCGGCGUAGUUACGGUUGAUUCUUUAAAAACUACCAGGGACUCGCAAAGCAGGCAAACAGAAACGUCGGUGAGAGGUUUGGCUUCGGUCAAAUGAAAGCGCGUUCAUUCGCGUGCGCUUUUCACGGAGGCUGAAACUAUUUGCGUGCACGGAAAGAGCGUAGAUUUUAUUUGUUAAAAUAAAUUGAAAAUGAGUUGUGAUUCGUUACUGCUUUAUGAAUAUGCCUGCCUUUAAUUUAUUACACGUUAGUUUACCCCGCAAACAUAUUGAUAUUUAUAAUGCGAUAAGUCGAUAACUGAGAGAGAUUGUAUUAUAUGUGUUAAUUAAUUGUUUAGGUAUUGCGAUAUAUUUGGGUAAUUACAACGCAAUUUGUAGAUCGAUAUUACUGUGAAGUUUCUUCAAUUUUUACAAAUUGCUACCUGUUUUGUAUGUUAAGGGUGAACCUAUAUGUUAUAUACGAAUAUCUUUUAUAUUA